UGGAAGAAGCGACAACACACAUGCAUAACUACCUACCAGUCAGCCCUAGUAACAAACUUGCUUCGUAUUAGUUACUUACCAUUACUAAGGAAAGAAAAGUGGUUCCUUCCUCUUCAAAAACCCCUUUUGUUUGGUUACUUUUCUUAACUCUACUCUCCACAUUCAUUUCUAUAUACACAUACUACCCACCCACCAUCUUUAUUAUUCCAAACUUAGACAAAAGGAAAUAUGAAAAUCGGAGGAGGAAUUAUUGUUGCCGUGGUUGCUGCGGUGGCACUGGCAGCAGCUAUGAGUAUGAGCAUAGAUGUGGCAGCAGCUGAGGUGAACCAUGUCGUAGGAGGAGAUCACGGUUGGGAUCCCACCUCCGACAUCCUAUAUUGGUCUUCCGACAGAAUCUUCCGGGUCGGAGACCAAAUCUGGUUUACAUACUCUGCAGCACAGGGAUUAAUUGCGGAGCUAAAAAGCAGAGAAGAAUACGAAUCUUGUAACAUGAGCAACCCUAUCAUGAUGUACACGGAAGGUUUGCAUACAGUCCCACUUGAGAAGGAAGGAAUGAGAUACUUUGUGAGUACUGAUUCUCAAAACUGUAAGAAUGGGCUUAAGCUUCAUGUUGAGGUUCAGCCCAAAGACUCGGGCUCACGGGCCUUGCCCGUUGCUCAAACUGUUGUUGCUGAUGGGCCUGCUGCUCCUUCUGGUUCGGCCCGUUGUGGUUACAAUGUGAUUCUUUCACUAUUGUUAUGUGUUAUUGUGGUACUUGCUUAUUGAUGUAAGGUUAUGUUUGGUUAGAAUAAUUAGUUGUAUGUGUUAUUGCGUAUUUGAAGACAGAUUAUUUACGAGUCUUUUGAUAACUAAGAUGUUGUUAACGUAUCUAAAGUGUGUGUUUGGAUUUUAUCAUAGCAAUGAUAACACCGUGAUUGUCAUAAUCACAAUUAAACAA